AUGAAGAUUCUCUAUAUGGGCGUUCUCCGGAACGAUUCUCAGCCCGCUCUCCAACUUUGCGCCGAGAAAGACCUUAACUCCUUUUCCCGUUUCACUCGCCAGAACUAUGAGGAGUUCUUGAUGCUCUUCACCCGCACGGUUGCCGAGCGAACGAAGCCCGGACAGCGACAGGACAUUGAGGAGAAGGCAUACACAUUCCAUGCAUACGGCCGGUCUGAGGGCGUGGCUGGUGUGAUCGUCACUGACGGCGACUACCCUGCCUUGGUCGCUCACCAGCUGCUAUCUAAGAUUGUGGACGAGUUCCUGGCCAAGCAUCCUCGAACCUCCUGGUCGGAUCCAUCCCUGCGCGAGAACGCAUGCCCUCUGCCGGCACUGAAGGAAUAUAUCGUCAAAUACCAAGACCCCAAGCAGGCCGACAGUAUCAUGAAGAUUCAACAGGAGUUAGACGAGACCAAGAUUGUGCUACACAAGACCAUUGAGAGCGUGCUGGAGCGUGGCGAGAAAAUCGAUUCAUUGGUUCAGAAGAGUGACGGGUUGUCUGCCCAGAGUAAGAUGUUCUAUACCCAGGCCAAGAAACAGAACUCCUGCUGUAUUUUGAUGUAA